UCCACUAACGCAAAGGACAUGGAGGCGGUAAAGACGGUAGCGGUGGAAUGGCUGGACUGGGCGGCCAAAUACGCCGCUAAAGACCCUCAGGACUUCUUUUCCCGACUGUUCUUGAUUCUGCCGUUGUUCAUCGUCAGCUCAGUGCUGGCCUUCUUCCUUCUCAGAGAAAUGAAUAGACAAGAGAAGAAGAAUGCAAAGAAAGAUAAGAUUGCGAAAAGAGCGAAAAACUCGAAAAAGAAGAAGCAAUCAUAAUUUUAGCACCCACCAGUCUGUAUUUUUAUCAUUGUACAGGUAUAAAAAAAAGUGUCUGUAAAUUUGUACAGACAUCUGAGAUUUUAUAACUGUAAGUCGCGCAUAAAUUUA